AUGAAACCACUCACGAAUACAGAUCUUUUUAAAACUCCACUAAUCCUCAAAAUCACAGCCUUUACUUUAAUCUCAAUCACAUUUUUCUACUUAGGCAAACACUGGUCCAACGGUGGUUACCAGCAACUCCUCUUCUUCUCCACACCACAGAACUUCAUCUCCAUAUCUCCUAACAACGACAAGUCGUUCAACAUCACCUCUCUAAUUUCCCAAACCGAUCAACCCCCUAUAGAUCAAGCCAUUACCCUAACUCCACCCUCCAUUCCUCCACCUCCCGAUGAAUCUCCACUGUCCGAUCCAAAUCGGACGUUUGGUAUCAUUGAUUCUGAAGGCAAAAUGAGUGAUGAUUUCGAGGUCGGGGAGUUUGAUCCAGCGAUCGUGGAGAAUUGGGGGAACGAGAGUGAAAUUGAGAGUGGAAGUAAGGAUGUUAAGGUUAGGGUGAAGAAAUAUGAGUUGUGUCCAGAGAGUAUGAGAGAGUAUAUGCCGUGUUUGGAUAAUGCUGAGGCUAUUAAGAGGUUGAAAUCGACAGAGAAAGGGGAGAGAUUCGAAAGGCAUUGUCCGGAAAAGGGGAAGCAACUGAAUUGCUUGGUUCCUCCUCCUAAAGGAUACCGGCAACCAAUUCCUUGGCCGCGGAGUCGCGAUGAGGUAUGGUAUAGCAAUGUUCCUCAUACGCGAUUAGUUGAAGAUAAAGGGGGCCAAAACUGGAUUUCUAAAGAGAAGGGCAAGUUUAAGUUUCCUGGCGGUGGUACACAGUUCAUACACGGUGCGAAUAAAUAUUUGGAUCAGAUUUCCAAGAUGGUCCCAGAUAUUACAUUUGGUCGUCAUACUCGAAUGGUUCUAGAUGUUGGAUGUGGUGUGGCAAGUUUCGGUGCCUAUUUGCUGUCACGGAAUGUUAUGACUAUGUCUAUUGCUCCCAAAGAUGUUCAUGAGAAUCAGAUUCAAUUUGCUCUUGAGCGAGGUGUACCUGCAAUGGUGGCUGCAUUUGCGACUCACCGUCUUCUAUAUCCAAGUCAAGCAUUUGAAUUGAUACAUUGUUCAAGAUGCAGAAUCAAUUGGACUCGCGACGAUGGAAUUUUGCUCCUUGAAGUCAAUAGGAUGCUCCGGGCAGGAGGAUACUUUGUUUGGGCAGCACAACCAGUUUAUAAGCACGAAGAAGUCCUAGAGGAACAGUGGGAAGAGAUGCUUAACCUUACUACUCGUCUUUGCUGGGAGCUUGUUAAGAACGAGGGAUAUAUUGCGAUAUGGAAAAAGCCCUUAAACAACAAUUGCUACCUAAGCCGUGACUCAGGAGCAAAACCUCCAUUGUGUGAUCCAGAUGAUGACCCUGAUAAUGUUUGGUAUGUUGAUCUGAAGGCAUGCAUUAGUCGACUUCCGGACAAUGGAUAUGGAGCAAAUGUUCCCAUGUGGCCUUCUCGUUUGCAAACUCCACCUGAUAGACUCCAGAGCAUACAAUACGAGUCAUUCAUAGCCAGAAAAGAGCUAUUAAAGGCAGAAAAUAAGUUUUGGUCUGAAACAAUAGCAGGCUAUGUCCGUGCUUGGCAUUGGAAGAAGUUUAAACUAAGAAAUGUAAUGGACAUGAAAGCUGGCUUUGGAGGAUUCGCGGCUGCAUUAAUUGAUCAAGGAUUUGAUUGCUGGGCUUUGAAUGUGGUUCCUGUUAGCGGGUCCAACACCUUGCCUGUUUUAUAUGACCGUGGACUCAUGGGAGUUAUGCACGAUUGGUGUGAAUCAUUCGAUACGUACCCAAGAACCUAUGAUUUGCUGCAUGCAGCUGGACUCUUUUCUGUUGAAAGGAAAAGAUGUAAUAUGUCAACAAUCAUGCUUGAGAUGGAUCGCAUACUUAGACCUGGCGGUCGAGUAUACAUCCGUGACUCUCUUGAUGUCAUGGAUGAACUUCUACAGAUAGCUAAAGCCAUGGGUUGGCAAGCAACUUUGCGUGACACAUCUGAGGGUCCUCACGCAAGUUACAGGAUCUUGACUUGUGACAAACGACUUUUGCGCCCUUGA